ACCGUCUGCUGCCGGACAAGAUGGCGGCGGCCGCGCGUUGGGCCGCGCUGGGCCUGGCGUUAUGGCUGUGCGCGGCGGCCCACGCCGAGGAGCCGGAGGGGAAGCGACGGGCGGGGCCGGCCAAGAAGAAAGACAUUCGGGACUACAACGACGCGGACAUGGCCCGGCUGCUGGAGCAGUGGGAGAAAGAUGAUGACAUUGAGGAGGGGGAUCUUCCUGAACACAAGAGGCCUCCGGCACCAAUAGAUUUCUCAAAAAUUGAUCCAGGCAAGCCUGAAAGUAUCCUGAAACUGACAAAAAAAGGGAAGACUUUGAUGAUGUUUGUCACAGUGUCAGGAAAUCCCACGGAAAAAGAGACAGAAGAAAUUACUAGCUUGUGGCAGGGCAGUCUCUUCAAUGCAAACUAUGAUGUACAAAGGUUUAUUGUUGGCUCCAAUCGUGCAAUCUUUAUGCUUCGUGAUGGCGGUUAUGCCUGGGAGAUCAAAGACUUCCUGAUAAGUCAAGAAAGGUGUGCGGAUGUUACUCUGGAAGGCCAGGUUUAUCCGGGCAAAGGAGCGGAUGGAAGUGAGAAAGGAAGGAACAAAACCAAACCUGAGAAAGCGAAGAAGAAAAAAGACGCAGAGAAAUCUAAAAGCAGCCAUGAGGACAACCGUGCAACCAAACAGAGAGAGGAUCUAUGACAGAUACAUGAACCAGACUGAAUAGCGCUCUGCUGUUCCUUGAAGGGAAACUUAACUUUCUUUACAAUUUCUGGCUUUACAGAGGAGAAGGAAGGAAGCAGAUGUUACUGAGGUUUGAAGACUUCUGUGUUGAAAUACAUGUUUACUUAUUAAUGUUGGCUGUUUGUUUAGUUACAGAAAUGGUAAUGUUUAAUACCAGCAAUUGACUACUUUAGUUUGUAAUUCUUUACACUUUUGUUGUUGUUCAAAGUUAACAUACCAACCUAUGUCUGAGGUUAUGAAUGUAGGUGGAGAGGAAGGAAAAGAGUCUCAGAAUACACUAGUGCUAAUCUGUAGUAGCUGCUGUUUGUCUUGGGUAUGCGAGUUGGUCAUUGAUUCCUUCAGAGCUUCUUGCUAAAAGAUACUUUAGGAAGCCAGUUUGCCACUCCAGUUUGCAAAAUAAUUUAAGUUGCAAUGAGCAACGUUACAGUGGCAAAAGAUGCCUGAAAUGGCCAGGUUUAGGAUGGGUUUGGUUAGACUGCUUUUCUGUAAACAAAAGCUCUUCUGUUCAUCGCUGAAAAUCCACAGAAGUACUUUGAUACAUAAUAGAAGCUAGGCAGACACUCAGCUAAUGCACUCCAAACCAGUACAGAGAAGAGAUUCUGUACCCAUCAGAUGUGAUGGAGUUGACUGUAAGGAAGCUACAAAGCCAACAUGGACAGUGUUAGAGUGAAAAGAGAAGUCACAUUCAUGGCAUUCAAGUUGCUACUGCUGCCAAAGAACCGUGCCUCCGGAUGCAAAUGUUAUGUGUGCCCCAUUAUCCAGAAAGCGAGUUAGAAGAUAUGGCUUUAACUCUGAAAUUGAUUUGUUUUGCUAAUCGUUUGCUUGAAUCUUUGUUAAAGCCUUAGUUACAGUGCAGAGUUAAACUUGGAGGUUGAUAUAUCUCUUACUGAUGUUUAAUAACCAGAUUUUUUUUGUAAAUUCCUGAGCGUGCCAUGGUUGAUCGUAAAUGAAAACAGUGGUUAAAACAAUAGGAACCUUGAUGCAUGGGAGCAGAUCUGAUUUCUCCUUGAAAGCCUUGGUGUGGUCAGGAAGGUUUUGUUAUAAUUUCAGCAGGUUUUUAGGCAAACACAUGGCUUAGCUGCGCUUUCCUUUUCCUCUUCUCAGUGUUUAGGACUGAAUGCACCCAGUAUUUAUGGUCCACAUCAUAUUCCAGAGGAUGAGCACAGUAUUAACUGUCUCCAUUCGAUAGUACUAAGAUAAUAUUACUUUCACUCUCUUUAUAAGGUGCUAAAAUCCAAGUGUUUUGGGUGAAAGGUCCUAACUGAACCAUAAUGGUUGCUCUUGUGGAAUAUUUCAUUACCAAAAGAGGGAAGCUGACUUUCUGAGUGCUUGUUCCAAAAUAAAAGGGUGUCACUAAACUUACUGCUUACUGAGUAGUAAAAUGUUUUGAAUAAUGAUGCAUUUAGUUUGGUGUUUGGGGAGGGAAACUCACCUGUCUUUUGUUGCUUUAGUUACUCAUAAGGACUAAUUGAUACUGAUGAAAGUUCUAGGCAGUCAUUUUUCCUUACUUCCGGUAACAGCAUAUGAGUUGAAGAAACCUUUCCUGCCAUGCUUCACUAAACGGUUGUCUGAGUGGAAAGAUGAAAGUCGGGUACUGCUUUUGUAUUCCACUGUUAAUCCAAAAGUAUACAGCAGUUGAGGUAGGUCUCUAGAAACUUGGAUAUUGCACUGUAGAGAGAUGUGCGGUCUGUUUCUUAUUCAUAACUAACCUACCAUGUUGUAACACUUUCAGGUACUUCCCUGUUUUGUUUAAGAAUUUAGCUUCUGAGAAGAUGAGCAUAUGUGAAAUGAAACUGUAAAUAUGAAAUGUUACUGCCUUUUUUUCUUGUUACAACAACUCUAUGGUACAAAGAUGACAAUUCCAUUUGUCAUUACACAUGUGGAAAUGC